AUGAGCACAGCACGCACCGUGUUUGCCCCGUGCCCCAUCAUCAAACUGUUGCUGCUUUGUGCCGCGCUUGGGGUCUUAAAUUUUCAUGGCGUUGGUGGUGAAAAGGAGUCCCUCAACCUCAGUAGCACCAACGAGAGCGUGACCAGCAGCAGACGGGCCCGGUCUGUGAGCAACCGGCCAGAGCCCCGCGACUGUGUGCUCUCUGCCUGGUCCUCCUGGAGCACGUGUGAUCCCUGUCAAAAGAAGAGGUACAGAUUUGCCCGCCUGGAACAACCUUCUCAGUUCAAUGGAGAUCCCUGUGAUGACUCUGACAGAGAAGCUGAAGAUUGUGUCACAAACAAACCUUGCAGGAGUAAAGUUCGCUGUGAUGGUUUUGUGUGUGCAGUUACAGGAAGAUGCAUCGCGCGGAGGCUGCUUUGUAAUGGGGAUGAUGAUUGUGGGGACCAGUCAGAUGAAAAAAACUGCAAAAAAGUGUUUAAAAAAUGUGACCAGAAGAUGGAGCAAUACUGGGGAAUUGAGAACCUGGCAAAAGGGUUAAAUAUCUUCACAAACAACUUGGAAGGAUUAGUUCUUGACCACAGGUACUAUGCUGGAGGAUGUUCUCCCCAUUAUAUCAUGGACACAAGAUUCAGAAAGCCAUAUAAUGUAGAAAGCUACACACCAGAGACCAUGGGCAAAUAUGAAUUUACAAUGACUGAAUAUGAUUCCUACUCAAGUUAUGAAAGCAGUGUCCUGAAGGCACAGGCUUCACAGACUAGCUUCAGCUUUGGUAUAAAAAUACCAGGAGUGUUUGAACUUGGUUACAGUUCUAAUGACAACAGGUUCAAGAAGUCCAUGCAAAGGAUGAGAAGAUUUUCUUCAACUUCCAGCAAAUUCAUUCACGCCCGCUCAGAGUUGGCUGUUGCUGUGUAUAAGCUGAAGCCACGAGCCCUGAUGCUUCAUCACGAGUUCCUGCGGAGGCUGCAGCAGCUCCCCUCAGAGUACAGCUACGGGGAGUACCGGGAGCUCUACAGGGACUAUGGCACCCACUACAUCACCGAGGCCACUGUCGGCGGCAUCUACGAAUAUACUUUGGUCAUGAACAGUGAGGAGCUCCAAAAGGCAAGUUUUUCUCUGAGCGACGUCCAGAAAUGUGCCCAGAGUAGCUCUGGCAUUGGUGCAAAUAUUCGUGGUGUCUAUGUGAAGGUUGGAAUGACUAAAGAUGGCUGUAAAUCCCUUUUACAAGAAAUUGGAGACAGCACCUCCAAGAAGAAGUUUGUGGAAGAUUUCAUCGUCCUGGUUCGCGGCGGAGCGAGCGAACACAUCGUAGCGUUGGCGAACAAAGACCUGCCCACGGCUGCACUCAUGCAGGAGUGGGGAGAUGCUGUCCAGUACAACCCUGAAAUCAUAAAGCUGAAGGCAGAGCCACUGCUCCAGCUGGUGACUCCGACCGACGUCGCUGACGCGGCAGCAAUAAAGGGCAACCUGCAACGGGCCCUGGAGGAGUUUCAGCUGGAGACCAGUACUUGUCACUGUGCUCCAUGCCAUGCCAAUGGCAUCCCCUUGCUCCAAGGAAGCGAAUGUCGAUGUUUAUGUCCCCUUGGCUACAGUGGCACAGCCUGUGAGACCAGCAAGAGGACAGAUGCUGCUAUUAAUGGAAACUGGGGUUGCUGGGCCAGCUGGUCUCCAUGCUCAAGAGGUGAACGAACAAGGAGGCGACAGUGCAACAACCCUGCACCACACAACGGUGGCUCAUCGUGCUCCGGGCCAGACACCGAGACUGUCACUUGCUAG